AUGGAACUCAUGAAGAAGCAAGUAGCCCAGUGGUAUUCUCAUCAAAAGGGGAUACAAGUUGUCCAGAUCAUAGAGGAUAUGGUUGAGAAAGGUUCUGAGAUGAUGGAUGUGAGGAACAAAGAUGAGGCAUGCAUACAAGUUUACCUACAAAACCCGAUGAAUUAUAUUGACAAUGUGAGAGUUGAAAAACUUGUAAGGGGAGGUGCGCAAAGUACUCACACAGAUAUUCUCGUUCAUCAACGUUUAGCUAUUCAACAGGAUGACAAAUACGGGACCGACAGUGUUUCAUCAGAAGUCAUUUCAAAUAUGAGAGUCAUGAUGAAAGAGGACUCAAACAAUGCAGGGCAAAAUCAUCUAAAAUGGGGAUAUUUAUUUGUGUAUGAUGCAACAUACCGUUCUUUGUGGAUGACAUCUAAAAGUCUAUGCCACAAGAAUAUCUUGAAAAACAUAUUGGAGUUAAAACAAGAAGACAUGUAUUAUAUCAGGGAUAUGUGGAAGGGAUAUCAGCUACUGGGAUGCAGUCAAAUCAUGGGUUUGAUGGCCAGGCUUGCACAUAGACUUUAUCCACUUGCAAAAAUGGUAGAGCUUGUAGGAGGUCAUCUUGUGAGUCAUGAGAGGAGUAAAGAGGUGAAUGAAGCUCUACCAGAUUUGAUCAGAGCAUCAGUGUCCAAGAUAAGACCAUUUGACUGGCCUAAUUUAUCCCCAAAUCCAAACACCUCUACCUCUAGCUCAGGCUGUUGGACAUCAUCAUCUGGCACUAGCAGCAGAUUAAAUUCAGAGACAGACAACACCAAUUCUGGGAUUGCAGAAACCAAUUAA